AGCCCGUGCGUCACGGGGGACGGAGCCCAGCCGGACCCUGCCGCGCCCGCCCCGCCAUCCAGGGUACAGGGUCCCGCACAGCCAGCCGCGCUCACUGCCAGCCCCACCGCCGCGGCCGCCGCCAAUGAAGCUUCUCCCGCUCCUAGUGGGUUUUUCCACUUUGUUGAAUUGUGCCCAUACUCAAAAUUGCACCAAGACACCCUGUCUCUCAAAUGCAAAAUGUGAAAUCCGCAAUGGAGUUGAAGCCUGCUACUGCAACCUGGGAUUUACAGGAAAUGGUGUCACAAUUUGUAAAGAUGAUAAUGAGUGUGGAAAUUUAACCCAGCCCUGUGGUGAAAAUGCUAACUGCACUAACACAGAGGGAAGCUAUUACUGUAUGUGUGCCCCUGGAUUUAGAUCCAGCAAUAACCAAGACAGGUUUAUCACCAAUGAUGGAACCAUCUGCAUAGAUAUAGAUGAGUGCAGUGAAUCAGUUGUGUGUGGUGCUCACGCGGUGUGUGAAAAUGUGAAUGGUGGGUACAACUGCUUCUGUGAGGAAGGUUAUCAGACAUCCACAGGAAAGGCACAGUUCAUGCCUAAUGAUGGCUCUUACUGCCAAGAAAAUGUGAAUGCAAACUGCCAUUUAGAUAAUGCCUGCAUUGCCAAAAAUAUUAAUAAAACUUUAAAAAAAAUGGGACUAAUAAAAGAACCUAUGGCUUUGUUACAAGAAGUCUAUAGAAAUUCUGUGACUGAGCUUUCACCGACGGAUGUAAUUACAUAUAUAGAAAUAUUAGCUGAAUCAUCCCCCCUACUAGGUUACAUGAAUAACACUAUCUCAGCCAAGGACACCUUUUCUAAUGCAACUCUAACUGAAUUUGUAAAAACCAUGAAUAAUUUUGUUCAAAAGGAUACAUUAAUAAUCUGGGACAAACUGUCGACGAAUCACAGGAGAGCUUAUCUUACAAAACUGAUGCAUACUGCUGAACAAGUUACAUUAAGGAUUUCUCAGAAUUUCCAAAAGAGCACUCAAUUUGAUACAAAUUCAACUGAUGUAGCUUUCAAAGUUUUCUGUUUUGAUUCAUAUCACAUGAAACAUAUUCAUCCCCAUAUGAAUGUGGACGGAGAUUAUAUAAAGAUCUUUCCAAAGAGAAAAGCUGCAUACAAUUCAGAUGGCAAUGUUGCAGUCGCAUUUUUAUAUUAUAAAAGUAUUGGCCCCUUGCUUUCAUCAUCUGACAACUUCUUAUUGGAACCUCAAUCUUCUGAUAAUUCUGAAGAGGAGGAAAGAGUCAUCUCUUCAGUCAUUUCUGUCUCAGUUAACUCAAAUCCACCCACAUUGUAUGAACUGGAAAAAAUAACAUUUACAUUAAGUCACAUAAAGAUCACAGAUAAGUAUAGGACUCAGUGUGCAUUUUGGAACUAUUCACCUGAUACCAUGAAUGGCAGCUGGUCUUUGGAGGGCUGUGAGCUGAUUUACUCAAAUGAGACCCACACCUCCUGUCGUUGUAACCACCUGACCCAUUUUGCAAUUUUGAUGUCUUCUAGUUCUUCAAUUGGCAUUAAAGAUUAUAAUAUUCUUACAAGGAUCACUCAGCUAGGAAUAAUUAUUUCACUGAUUUGUCUUGCCAUAUGCAUUUUUACCUUCUGGUUCUUCAGUGAAAUUCAAAGCACCAGGACAACAAUUCACAAAAAUCUCUGCUGUAGCCUCUUCCUUGCAGAACUUGUUUUUCUUGUUGGAAUCAAUACAAAUACUAAUAAGCUCUUCUGUUCAAUCAUUGCUGGGCUGCUUCAUUACUUCUUCUUAGCUGCCUUUGCAUGGAUGUGUAUUGAAGGCAUACACCUCUAUCUCAUUGUUGUGGGAGUUAUCUACAACAAGGGAUUUUUGCACAAGAAUUUUUAUAUCUUUGGCUAUCUCAGCCCAGCUGUAGUGGUUGGAUUUUCGGCAGCAUUAGGAUAUAGAUAUUAUGGCACCACCAAAGUAUGUUGGCUUAGCACAGAAAACAACUUUAUUUGGAGUUUCAUAGGACCAGCAUGUCUAAUCAUUCUUGUUAACCUCUUGGCUUUUGGAGUUAUCAUAUACAAAGUCUUUCGUCACACUGCUGGGUUAAAACCAGAAGUUAGUUGCUAUGAGAACAUAAGGUCCUGUGCAAGAGGCGCCCUUGCUCUGCUGUUCCUUCUUGGCACUACCUGGAUCUUUGGGGUUCUCCAUGUAGUGCAUGCAUCUGUGGUCACAGCUUACCUCUUCACAGUCAGCAAUGCCUUCCAGGGCAUGUUCAUUUUCUUAUUCCUGUGUGUUUUAUCUAGAAAGAUUCAAGAAGAGUAUUAUAGAUUGUUCAAAAAUGUCCCUUGUUGUUUUGGAUGUUUAAGGUAAACAUGGAGAAUUAUGGAUGAUAAUAGCUGAAGGAAACCAAAAAUCCAAGCUAUGGAUGACCAAUGCAUAAAAAUGACUCAGUCCUAUUCGCCAGUGAUUAAUCAUUAGAUGAUCACAAUUUUUAAAUCAGUUUUUCUGUUUACAGUCUAAGAAAUAUAGAUAAUAGGAGAUAAAAUAACAUACCAUGUAGUUAUAGUAUGUUUUCCUACAUGCCUUAGUUAGUUAUGUCAAAAAUAGUAUUGCAGAUAUUUGGAAAGUAAUUGGUUUCUCAGGAGUGAUAUCACUGUGCCCAAGGAAAUAUUUUCUUUCUAACACAAGAAAUAUAUGAAUGUCCUGAAGGAAACCACUAGCUUGAUAUUUUUGUGACUCAUGUUGCCUUUGAAACUAGUCCCCUACCACCUUGGUAAUAAGCUCCGUUACAGAAAAAGGAACAUAAGAGAAUGAAGGGGCAGAAUAUGAAUCAGCAAAAAGGAAAUGGCUGUUGUAACAGUGAAAUGUACUUUGAAUAAACAUGCUUUUCUGUAAACUAGAUGAGAGACUUUUGAGGUAAAAUAAAUAAUUGAAUAAAAAUCUCUUACCAUUUUGUGAAUUGCUCUGAACUUAAAAUUUCUACGAAAACAACUUAGACCUCUAUUUGCUAUAUCCAUUUUCUUUUAUAAUAUUCUAAGAAAUAACUCCACAAGUGAAAAAAAUCUAUUUUUAAGUUAACAUUAGAUUGAGGUAUAUGGUAUUUCUAUACUUAUUUCAUAGAUUGUAACUUCAGAUGCAUAAUCAGUAAAAUAUAAAAGUGUCAAAACAUAAUGUUGUUAUGCCUGGAAGUGUAAAAAUGGUAUGUAUAAAGCUGAAGGAUUUUGUUCUAUAACUUUUUAGUGUAGUGAAAUUAUCCUAUCAUGGUAGACUAGUACAUUUGAAUGCUUUAUUAUUUUUAAUUUUAGAAAUACUAUCAUUCACAUUGCAAUAGUCCCUUUUAAUUUAAAGGGCAUUGUAAAUAUGAAAGUAUUCAUAAAGUGAAUUGCUAUUUUUUUCUGUUCAGAAAAGUACACAUUUAAAAAUGUUAUUUAUAACAAAGAAAUCACUGAGAACUGUAGAAGUUUUCACAGUGGAUCUAUUUUCUAACAGUUUUCUAUUAUCUAUUAAAGCAAAUCUGCUUCAAUGUAUGGCUUCUAUCUAUUCUCAAAUCUUCUUAUUAAAAUGUAGAAGCAGUGAGUUUAUUUCAAAAGGUUGUAAUUGUUCUGUACCUACCAGCCUGUAAAAGUGUAUCAAUAUACUGAAUAUUGUGAUUUUAUAUCAUUUCCUUUAGCUAUUAAAAUGAAGUUUGUCAAAUUUUGCUCUAACAAAUAAAAUGUUACCUAAAUGAA